CUGACUGUGCAGGUCCUCUUGACCACAUGGCCCCCGCUGGCCCGAUCGGUGUGACGCGGCGCGGGACUGGAGACCCAGCGAUCCCGAGCGCGAGCGGGGGUCCCCAGCAGUCGCCGCGGAGUGUCUGCAGAGAUCAUGCCAGUCGUUUGGAUGCUGCGGCGGGUUGCCAGCCGGAUGCUACAGAGACCGGCCUGUGGCUGCCAGGCUCCUGUCCUGCCCAGCCGGUUUCUGGGCACCUCCCCUCAGCAGAUUCCAGCGGAUGCCAACUACCACUCUACCUCGUUCUCUGAAGCAGACCAACCGCGCGUCUUAAUUACAGGGGGUCUUGGCCAGCUUGGAGUGGGGCUUGCUAGCUUUUUGAGGAAACGAUUUGGGAAGGACAACGUGAUUCUGUCUGACAUUCGGAAGCCCCCUGAGCACGUCUUCCUUAGUGGCCCGUUUAUUUAUUCCGACAUCCUGGAUUACAAGAAUCUGCGGGAGAUCGUGGUGAACAACCGUGUCACCUGGCUGUUUCAUUACAGCGCUCUGCUCAGUGCAGUGGGAGAAGCAAACGUGUCCCUGGCCAGAGCUGUGAACAUCACUGGACUGCACAACGUCCUGGACGUUGCCAAGGAGCACGGUCUGCGAUUGUUUGUGCCAAGCACCAUCGGGGCAUUUGGACCUACUUCUCCGCGGAACCCAACCCCCGAUCUCUGUAUCCAGAGACCCAGGACUAUCUACGGGGUGUCCAAGGUCCACGCGGAGCUCAUGGGCGAGUAUUAUUAUUACCGGUAUGGGUUAGAUUUCCGAUGCCUGAGAUAUCCUGGAAUCAUUUCUGCUGACUCCCAGCCUGGAGGAGGAACGACUGACUACGCAGUCCAGAUUUUCCAUGAUGCCGUCAAGAAUGGCAGAUUUGAGUGCAACCUGAAACCCAGCACUAGACUUCCGAUGAUGUACAUUGAUGACUGCCUCCGGGCCACCCUGGAGGUCAUGGAGGCCCCAGCAGAGUCCCUCGCCAUGAGGACUUACAAUGUCAAUGCCAUGAGCUUCACCCCCACGGAGCUGGCCCAGGAGAUUCUCAAGCACGUUCCAGAAUUCCAGAUCACCUACAACGUGGAUCCCGUCCGACAGGCCAUAGCCGAUAGUUGGCCAAUGAACUUUGAUGAUAGCAACGCCCGGAAGGACUGGGGGUGGAAGCACGAUUUUGACCUCCCGGAGCUGGUGACGACGAUGUUGAACUUCCACGGUUCCGAGAGCAGAGUUGCCCAGGCUAACUGAAGGGGCCGGAGGAAGAGCUCGUGAGUCCUGGGCGGCUGUCCAGGGAAAGUCAAAAUAACCCCGAGAUUCCAGACCCCGAGGAAUCUAGAUGAUGUGGAGUUGAAGGACUAACUGGACUGUUUUCGCAGCUCAUGUGGAACAGCCAGAUGGAGGAUUGACUUGGCUUUAGCGUUUUCUCAAUGCUGUAGGUUUGGUGGCAGGACCUCUGGAGCCUUUGCUAUCUGCCUAAACUUGUCCAAACACACAAAUCACAGAAUGAACACUUAAGUCAUAAUAGUUUUCCAUUUCCUUAGUUAAGAUGAAGGAACCAUUUCCGAGAAGGUCCAAGUAUGUGAUGUUUGUAUUAAAUUAAACUUAAAUAUCGC